AUGGAGAAGAAAAAAAUCAACUUCUCCGAGGAAGAACGCGCUGUGUUGUUGGACCUGCUCUCACGCCACCGCAGCGUCGUCGAAAACAAGAGGACCGACGCGGCGUCCGCGAGUCGGAAGCGCGACUCCUGGAAAAAGAUUGAAGAUGAGUUUAACAGCCGCCACAACGUCACGCCACGUAAAUGGACCCAGCUCAAGAAAUGUUGGGAAAACAUGAAAGACAAGUGGCGAAGGAGGAACGCUGAAGACAUGCGGGAACGGUUCGCGACAGGUGGCGGAACACCACCGUCAAGCGAAAUGACCGACGAGCUGCAGCGCGUAGGAGACAUCGCUUCACACAUGGCUGUUCGUCUGCCCAACCCCUAA